CUGAGGAUGGGGAGUCAAAACUUUGACUCUUGUCAUGUUCUUGACCAUGGGCCUCCAGGGUCCUUCCCUUUCAUCCUUCACUUCCUACCCCACCUUCCAACUGUGUUUCAAUGCCUUUUCUAUCAUGCCUCUGAUCUUGUAAGCUUCAAUCAUAGUGACUCUGAGGACUGUCAACUUCUCCUAGGGCAGAUUACCCCCCAGUGCGCCAAACGCCAUAGCUCACUCGUUUAGCUACGGAAUCGAGUGAUUCAACUU